AUGAACUUGAUAGGCUUCUUUUUCAAUGUGGCGAUACUCUCUUUUUCCCCCCUUUCCCAGAAGACAGCGGCUGCACCUUCAAUAGAAGACACACCUAUGACAGGACGUCAACUUUCCCUCCAAGCAGUAUCGACAGUAGUAGAAGAGACUGCUAAGGAGAAGGAGGUGAGUAAAGCUCAGGGCGGAAGUAAAGUGAGAUCCCCAGAUCCAAGCGACGAUGUUAAAUCAGAAGAGGAGAGGGAAGAGACUGAUGACGAUAAGAAGCAAGAGUUGGGCUUACCGGAAUAUCUGCCUGUGGAUUUGUUACCACACGAAACCAAGAAUGGGCAGUUAUCAUUCACAGGAACUGCAGCUGAGCCAAAAAAGACAAUGAAACUUGAAUCCAAAGUCGAGAAGUUGAAGGAAAAGGAGGUGAACUGGUUCGAUCAUUCCAAGAUCGACACUGAAAUGGUGAAGAAGAAAGUUUUGCCAUUUAAUGUGGGGCUGAGUCAACAUGCGGGAUCUGCUCUCAAAAUAAAUUUCGUGAUAAUGAGGCCAGAAACAAGGAUGUAUUUUUGCAAACAAGAUGUGCUUCAUGCACAAGAUGUCGUCAAGAAUUUCAAUGGAAGUAAGACUGAUAGUGUUCUCACCCUUGAACAUAUUGCAGUCGUCGAACAGCACAUUGAAACAGAAUUUGAAGUCGGAUCCGGAAUGAGGAUCACAAAGCAUGCUCCAUAUUUGGUUACGGUACGCACACAGUUUCAUGAGUUCCUUUUCUAUGAUGAACAUAUAGCUCUCAGUUUUUGCGUAGAAAUGAGCGAUGUUUUACUUGAAUUAGAAACACAGUAG